UAGUGGCCAGCGAUCAUGCUACGUCCAUUUCUUAAUGGAAAGCUUUUUUCCAAAAAAAAAAAUCCCCCAGAUCGAUCCCCACCAGAAACAGAAACAGAGAGCCGCCCCGCAGGCCCGCACGAAUCCUUUACCUGCCCCUCCGAUCCCUCUCGACUUGAGACUGUGCCAGGUAAACUCCCGCGUUCGAUCCGAUCCCGCGAUUCGAGCCCUUGCGCAUGGAGACAGUUUGAGAAUAUCACACGGCAGAGGAAUCCUGGAGAUACCCCAUUCAAGUUUCUAUUUGACAAACACUGUGCAGACUACAAAUAUUAUGAGUUUCAGCUUGCUGAAGAGGAAAAGGCUCUUGCUCAGUCAAAGGAGGCCGAAGCAUCAAAAAAUGUUAACUCUAGCCCUGCAAGCUUCAGAGCAGCAGUUGGUCCGCAUAGAAGCUCUUUUGAACAAAUGUCUAACUAUCAGACACCUGCAUCUGCCUUGUAUGGGGCAUAUGAGGGUAGUUCUCCCCAACCCCAAGGAAACUCAUCUAUCUGUGGAUCCCAAUAUAUGUCUGCACCAUCAGAUCCUGUAGCAUUGAUGGAAUUCUACAUGAAGAAGGCUGCACAGGAAGAAUGGAGGAGACCAUUAAGGCAAUCAAAAGAUGAAAUACCGCCACCUCCUUCACUUCAAGGUCCUCCUAAGAAGGAACACCACAUGGGUGACUUCAUUCCUCCAGAAGAACUUGAAAAAUUCAUGGCACGCUGUAACGAUGCUGCAGCACAAAAGGCUACGAAAGAAGCUGCCGAGAAGUCCAAGAUUCAGGCAGACAAUAUUGGGAAGAAACUUCUAUCUAAGAUGGGUUGGAGGGAAGGUGAGGCUCUUGGUAGCAAGAGAAGGGGCCGUGCAGAUCCCAUUAUUGCUGGAGAUGUGAAGAAGGAUAAUCUUGGUGUUGGUGCUGUCAAGCCUGAUGAAGUCACAUCUGAAGAUGACAUCUGCGAGCAAUACAAGAAGCGAAUGAUGCUUGGAUACCGCUAUAGGCCAAACCCUUUGAACAAUCCAAGGAAAGCAUACUACUGAUACAGGGGAGUUCAUCUGAAGGGAGAUGUAAGGCAACAAUUUUGCUGCAUUUUUACUCAUAGAACUAACAGUUAUGGGAUAUCACUAACAGCAUUGAAAGUUUAUGUUCAUCAGCAGAAAACCCAAGAACUUCGUUUAUUCAGCAUAUUUCUUGGAAUGCCACAGAUCUUAGGCAUCGUAGGCUUCCGAGGGGUUCUACCGUAGCUUUGUUCUUUGUGUAGUGUUGAUAAGUGUUGCUUCAAGUACACUUCAACUGUGCUGAGUUGAAACGUGGAUCUUGUUUCAAACAGUGAUGUAUUGGCCUUCUUGGAUCACAAUGUACUCUUCCUGAUUAUUCAUCCUUUUGUUGCGAUUGCUUUGCUGCUGUA